UGGGCUGAGCCCUUGGCUUAUGGGUGGGUUGUAGAUGAGAGUGCCCAUGUCCCUUCCCUAUAUUUCUUCUCCUGGGGUUCCUCAACUGGGAAGUCCUUUCUGAUAUCCACCCCCCACCCAUUCUGCUGCUGGCUGUGGACAUCUGUGGGUGGAAUGCAUCCAUUUCUCUGCUGAAUUGUCUGCUCUUUUGCCAACACCAGUUACAUCCAAGUUUCCCAGCCACCAUCCCAUGCUUGGAGUGGUGGAAAGAGCUGAUGGGAGUCAUGGGUUCUGGGUGUGGUUCUACUGCUGACAACCUGUGUGAAUGUGGUCCAGCCCCUUAGCUUCAGUGGGUCUCGGUUUCCCUAUCGGUAUAUUGGGAGCAAUUUGCAUACUUUGCUUCCUCCUGGAGGUCCGUCAACAGAGAAAUGUGUGAAAGGGCUUUGAGGAGGACAGUGGAAACCACUCUGUUGAGUGGUGUCCAUGAUGCCCUGGAGUGGGGCCACAUGGGCAUUGCUUGGUCUGUCAAACCCCAGACGUCAUCUCGUCCAGGCCUUUGCUUUUACGGAUGAGGAAGCUGAGCUCCUGGGACGGCACUUGCUAAUAGUUUGAAAGUGCUCCCUGCACUUUUAUCCUCCUUGAUCAUACAGGAACCUGGGCAUCCAGGAGGUGCAGGGCUACGUGCUCAUCGCCCACAACCAGGUGAGGCACGUUCCCCUGCAGAGGCUGCGAAUUGUGCGAGGCACCCAGCUCUUCGAGGACCAGUAUGCCCUGGCCGUGCUGGGCAAUGGAGACCUGCCGGACCAUGCCACCCCUGCCACCGGGGCUGCCCCAGGAGGACUGCAGGAGCUGCAGCUUCGAAGCCUCACAGAGAUCCUGAAGGGAGGGGUCCUGAUCCAGCGGAACCCCCAGCUCUGCCACCAGGACACGAUUCUGUGGAAGGACAUAUUCCACAAGAACAACCAGCUGGCCCCCAUGGUGGUGGACACCAACCGCUCACGGACCUGCAGGCCCUGUUCUUCGGAUUGUAAAGCCCCCCAUUGCUGGGGGGAAAGUCCCGAGGACUGCCAGAGCUUGACCCGCACCAUCUGUGCCAGCGGCUGUGCCCGUUGUAAGGGCCUGCUGCCCACGGACUGCUGCCAUGAGCAGUGUGCCGCCGGCUGCACAGGCCCUAAGCACUCCGACUGUCUGGCCUGUCUCCACUUCAACCACAGCGGCAUCUGCGAGCUGCACUGCCCAGCCCUGGUCACCUACAACACGGACACCUUCGAGUCCAUGCCCAACCCCGAGGGCCGCUACACCUUUGGUGCCAGCUGUGUGACCUCUUGUCCCUACAACUACCUCUCUACGGAUGUGGGCUCCUGCACCCUGGUUUGUCCCCUGAACAACCAAGAGGUCACGGCUGAGGAUGGGACACAGCGGUGUGAGAAAUGCAGCAAACCCUGUGCCCGAGUGUGCUAUGGUCUGGGCAUGGAGCACCUGCGGGAGACGAAGGCGGUCACCAGCGCCAAUAUCCCGGAGUUUGCUGGCUGCAAGAAGAUCUUUGGGAGCCUGGCGUUUCUGCCGGAGAGCUUUGAAGGGGAUCCAGCCUCCAACACGGCCCCCCUACAGCUGGAGCAGCUCAGAGUGUUUGAGACCCUGGAGGAGAUCACAGGUUACCUGUACAUCGCAGCCUGGCCAGACAGCCUGCCUGACCUCAGUGUCUUCCAGAAUCUGCGAGUAAUUCGGGGACGAGUUCUGCAUGACGGCGCCUAUUCACUGACCCUGCAAGGGCUGGGCAUCAGCUGGCUGGGGCUGCGCUCGCUGCGGGAAUUGGGCAGCGGGCUGGCCCUCAUCCACCACAACGCCCGCCUCUGCUUCGUACACACGGUGCCCUGGGACCAGCUCUUCCGGAACCCCCACCAGGCCCUGCUUCACAGUGCCAACCGGCCAGAGGAUGAGUGUGUGGGCAAGGGCCUGGCCUGCUACCCGCUGUGCGCCCAUGGGCACUGCUGGGGUCCGGGGCCCACCCAGUGCGUCAACUGCAGCCAGUUCCUGCGGGGCCAGGAGUGCGUGGAGGAGUGCCGAGUACUGCAGGGGCUCCCCCGGGAGUAUGUGAAGGACAGGCACUGUCUGCCUUGCCACCCUGAGUGUCAGCCCCAGAAUGGCUCGGUGACCUGCUUUGGAUCGGAGGCUGACCAGUGUGUAGCCUGUGCCCACUUCAAGGACCCUCCCUUCUGCGUGGCUCGCUGUCCCAGUGGGGUGAAACCUGACCUCUCCUUCAUGCCCAUCUGGAAGUUCCCAGAUGAGGAGGGCACAUGUCAGCUGUGCCCCAUCAACUGCACCCACUCCUGCGUGGACCUGGAUGACAAGGGCUGCCCUGCUGAGCAGAGAGCCAGCCCCGUGACGUCCAUCAUUGCGGCCGUGGUGGGCAUCCUGCUGGUCCUGGUCGUGGGGCUGGUCUUCGGCAUCCUGAUCAAGCGGCGGCGGCAGAAGAUCCGGAAGUACACGAUGCGGAGGCUGCUGCAGGAGACCGAGCUGGUGGAGCCGCUGACGCCGAGCGGGGCGCUGCCCAACCAGGCUCAGAUGCGGAUCCUGAAAGAGACCGAGCUGAGGAAGGUGAAGGUGCUUGGAUCCGGAGCAUUUGGCACAGUCUACAAGGGCAUCUGGAUCCCGGAUGGAGAGAACGUGAAAAUCCCAGUGGCCAUCAAAGUAUUGAGGGAAAACACGUCCCCCAAAGCCAACAAAGAAAUUCUGGAUGAGGCAUACGUGAUGGCUGGUGUGGGCUCCCCGUACGUGUCCCGCCUUCUGGGCAUCUGCCUGACGUCCACUGUGCAGCUGGUGACACAGCUCAUGCCCUACGGCUGCCUCCUGGACCACGUCCGUGAACACCGCGGGCGCCUGGGCUCCCAGGACCUGCUGAACUGGUGUGUGCAGAUUGCCAAGGGGAUGAGCUACCUGGAGGACGUCCGGCUGGUGCACCGGGACUUGGCUGCCCGGAACGUGUUGGUCAAGAGCCCCAACCAUGUCAAGAUUACGGAUUUUGGGCUGGCUCGGCUGCUGGACAUUGACGAGACUGAGUACCACGCGGAUGGGGGCAAGGUGCCCAUCAAGUGGAUGGCACUGGAGUCCAUCCUCCGCCGGCGGUUCACCCACCAGAGUGAUGUGUGGAGCUAUGGUGUGACUGUGUGGGAGCUGAUGACUUUUGGGGCCAAACCUUACGAUGGGAUCCCAGCCCGGGAGAUCCCUGACCUGCUGGAGAAGGGGGAGCGGCUGCCCCAGCCCCCCAUCUGCACCAUCGAUGUCUACAUGAUCAUGGUCAAAUGUUGGAUGAUUGACUCCGAAUGUCGGCCACGGUUCCGGGAGUUGGUGGCCGAGUUCUCCCGCAUGGCCAGGGACCCUCAGCGCUUUGUGGUCAUCCAGAAUGAAGACCUGGGCCCGGCCAGCCCCUUGGACAGCACUUUCUACCGCUCGCUGCUGGAGGAUGAUGACAUGGGGGACCUGGUGGAUGCCGAAGAGUACCUGGUGCCCCAGCAGGGCUUCUUCUGCCCAGACCCUGCCUCGGGUGCCGGGGGCACAGCCCAUCGCAGGCACCGCAGCUCGUCCACCAGGAGUGGCGGUGGUGAGCUGAGCCCGGGGCUGGAGCCCUCUGAGGAGGAGCCCCCCAAGUCUCCACUGGCUCCCUCCGAAGGGGCUGGCUCCGAUGUGUUUGAUGGUGACCUGGGAACGGGAGCAGCCAGAGGGCUGCAGAGCCUCCCCACACACGACCCCAGCCCUCUGCAGCGGUACAGCGAGGACCCCACAGUACCCCUGCCCCCUGAGACCGAUGGCUAUGUUGCCCCCCUGACCUGCGGCCCCCAGCCGGAAUAUGUGAACCAGCCAGAGGUUCGGCCGCAGCCCCCCUCACCGCUGGAGGGCCCUCUGCCUCUUUCCCACCCUGCCAGUGCCACCUUGGAAAGGCCCAAGACUCUCUCCCCCAAGAUUCUCUCCCCUGGGAAGAAUGGGGUUGUUAAGGACAUUUUUGCCUUUGGGGGUGCUGUGGAGAACCCCGAGUACCUGGCACCCCGGGGCGGAGCUCCCCUUCCACCCCACCCUGCCGCUGCCUUCAGCCCAGCCUUUGACAACCUCUAUUACUGGGACCAGGACCCAUCUGAGCGCAGCUCUCCACCCGGCACCUUUGAAGGGACCCCGACAGCAGAGAACCCCGAGUAUCUGGGCCUGGAUGUGCCAGUGUGAGCCACAAGGCCAAGCAUGCCAGGCCCUGCUGGGCCCUCGGGGAGUGGGGAAGGUGCCACUUCAGGCCAGUGUUGGGAUGCAGAGAGGAAGGGAGCCUGCCAGAGGAGCCUGCCGAGCCGAGAGCCUGUCCUAAGGAACCUGCAUUCCUGGGGGCUGCGAGGGGCCCAACCUGGUUGGAAGAACGGAGAGCACUGGGGAGUCUUGAGUGAUUCUUCUGGAGCCCUGCCCCACCAGGCCCUAGGGUCCAGUGGACACCACAGCCACAGUCGCCUCGCCUGAGGCAACCGCCCAGCCUGGCCUUCUUCCAGAUCCCUGGUCCCGAAGGACUAGGGGAGGCCGGGCCCAGGAGGGGAAGAGGCCCCAAGGGAGUUUCUGAGAACAGGAGCAAUCAAUCCAUUCAGCAAGUGUCCCUGAGCUGCAGCUCUGCCCCCAGGGAGGAGGGAGCGGCAGCACCAGUCCUUGUACAGUGUUUUUAUGUUUUGUUUUUACUUAUGUUUUUGUGUUUUUUAAAACACCUCUCCAGGGGGAGGGGCGGUGUGUGGAAGGGGGUCUACAGGGUUGGGGAA